CAAGAAACCAUCACCGCCCCGCGCCGCCCCAGCCGGAGGCAGGCAGCCCCCACCCCGGCCUGGGGGCGGUUUGCAGGGCGGGGCCCCCCCCUGCUCUCUAGCACUGGGCACCGACUCACCCCGUGCGCACCGCUCUCCACGCAGGCAGCCAUGCGGCGAGCCCGGGAGCUGCUCGCCUUCUGCUGCCUGGUCUUGAGCACCACCGGGCGCCCUUCGCGAGUUCUGUGCUUCUCUCUUUCAGAUUUUUGUGCCCAGACCCUUAACUCAGAUGUGAAACCAGGAUUUCCUAAAACAAUAAACCCCAAUGACUCAGCAGUCCUCAAAGCGGCCAGACACAGCGUUGAAAGGUUCAACAACUGCACAAAUGAUAUCUUCUUGUUCAAGGAGUCCCACAUCAGCAGAGCCCUGGUCCAGAUUGUGAAGGGUCUGAAGUACAUGCUGGACAUGGAGAUUGGCAGAACUUCUUGCAAGAAGACCCAGCACCCUAGUCUAGACAACUGUGACUUCCAGACCAACCACACCUUACAACGGGUAAUCAAAGGGGUCUCGCCUCCUUACACGCACUCACUGCUGUCCCAGCCCCUACCCACUCCCCAGGACUUUGGGAAACACCCCCUUCAUCACCUCUCUGCCUGCAAAGUUCCAAAUCUCACUCACAGACCCAGGAGAACACAGAGAUGAGACUCCCAAGAGAACACCUCAACCUGCCCACCCCACACUUCCUCCUCCCUGAGGGACACACCUCCAGGAAAUAAGCACCACGAACUUGGGGACAGGGGUAGUUACAGCAAAAAGAGUUUUCAAACAGUUCAGAAAUUAUAGACACACAUAUACAUGCAGGGAGAGAGCAAAUGUGGCAAAAUUCAAUUUGCAAAUGAAAGAAGUAUAUAUUCUUGAAUCACUCUUUCAACUUCUUUGUAGAUGUGAAAUUCUUCAAAACAACUUGGGGCAGAGGGAGAGCUUAAUAAGGAAAAUGCACACACACACAGGUAUGUGUGCACAUGCAUAGCCCACAGGCAGCAGCACCAGAACUUAACCUCUGUGGAGCAUGUUGGGAGGGCGGCCUCUGCCCCAGGAAGAUUCUCAGGAGGAUUCUUCUUUGUUUCAGACUUUCAGUUGCUACUCUGAAGUUUGGGUCAUCCCCUGGCUCCAGAGGUUCGAGGUGCCCGUCCUCCACUGUCAGUGACUUCCACCUCACAGCAAGACUGCACCUGUGCUGUUUACUGUGCUCAGUCACAGCCCUGUCCUGGCUGUCACAGACCCUUGGACCUUCUAUAGGAGCUCAGCAGUGAGCAGAAGUGCCCACAGGUUCACUGCAAAGUAGCCGGAGUGGAAGAAAAAGAUACUACCCCUGGCUAGAUUAUUUCACAUUUUUUUCUAAACUUCAUUUUACUAAUGCUGUGUCCCAGACAGAUUUGGGGUCUGGACACACAGAAGCGAGUCCUCUGGUGGGAAUUUUUCAGGUUCUGGACCCCUGAGCAAGCCCAAUUACCCUGUGGUCCCACGCUCACCAAUGAAAAGCCCAGAGAUCCAUCCUUCUGACUGAAUAACUGUUACAGCACUGGGCAGAGGACCCAAGUCUGCUAUUAAGCAUCUUUGGCCUUUCAUGGAUGAAUAAAGUCAUGAAUAAAUAGGAAUAAAGAACUGA